AUGAAUCAACUCCAGGAUUUGAUAAACAGUGUCGGCACAAGUUCUGUUGCACAAACAGUUUUGCAAAACGAGCACGUGCGGAAUGCAUGGUCUGCUCUGCAGGAAAAUGAGCGCUGGCUUUUCUACGGCAGCCUGUCGCUCGCUGUGGCUCUGCUAGUAGGCAGGUCGCUUCUGAGCCAGCCGAAGCCAAAGAAGAGAAAGAAGUCGCAAAGGGCCAAGUUGACAAGACCCGAGCAGCCAAAUCUGAGCCCGGAGCAGCAGGCGCAGCAGGACAUUGACGCCGUUUUGCGCGAUUUUGAGACCAACUACGUUCCGGAGAUAGACAAGUACAUCGAGGGUGUGGAGCAGGAAAUCGCCAAACCAGGCCCGUCGAAACGGAAAGGAAAGAAGUCUGCAAAGAAAUCGGCGGUGUCGUAUAAACAAAAGUUUGAAUACCAGUAUCUGUACUUCAACGAGAGCUUGUUGAAGCUAUUGAUGAAACUGGACUCGGUGGAGAUCUACGACAACCAGGACCUCAGAGCCAAGCGCAAGCAGUGCAUCAAGACCAUCCAGAAGUACUUGAAGAAGCUGGACUCCUACAAGCCGGAAAUCGACAAGCUUACCAAAAAGGGUCUGUAA